ACCAGUUACAAACAAGCUAAAAGCGAUUAGCCUGCUGCUGGACGGAGACCGAGAUUUGUGAUAGAAAGACAUGGGCCAGCUAGUGGCCACGCAGGCUUAGUCUCGAUUCGGACUUUAAGUAGAGCACACACACCAAGCCCCGCCUAACGACUGUGACAAGGAAAGUGAAAGGAUUCCGCAACAAAAAUGGAUUACACGAUUACGAUAUUGUGGCUUGUUCUUUCUGCAGCUGCUUUGGCAACUGGCCAAUAUGAAGUGGAGCCCAACAAGGCCAUGGAGAGUGUCUUUGAGGCACAAAACUUAGAAUUGGCCUUUCCCUCGCCAGGUGAAAGAGAACGUGUGCUGUCUGAAGGUCUCUACGAUCCGAACAGUGUCAUACCUAUCGAUGUGGAUGUGUACUAUAAACAUGGGGAUCCUACACCAUCUAUUUUUGUGACCAUUCCACGUUUUGCCAAGGGCGUCCCUUACUCUCUUGCUUACGUGACAAAUGAGGCACGCCCCAACGGCACUCUACUGCAGGCGUAUCCCAGCUACGAGUGGCACAAAUCGCAUGGAGCCGACUGCAAUGGCCUCACCUCUGUGUAUCGCACACAAAUCGAUGAGUGCGGACGUAUGUGGGUACUCGAUAGCGGAGAGAUCGACUUUGUACACUAUUGUCCACCCCAAUUGUAUGCCAUUGAUUUGGAGAGCGGUCAGGUUGUGCAUCACUACCGAAUGCCCGAGCGUCUGUAUAAGCGGAACGUAAGUCGCUUUGUUACACCCACCAUUGAGCUGGAUUCUCACAAUUGUGAUGUGGGCUUUGUGUAUAUGGCCGAUUCGAUUGGAGAUGGAAUUGUGGUCUACGAUGUGGCUGCCCAACAAUCGUGGCGCAUUGAAAACAAGUUCACCUAUCCGCAUCCUGACUUUGGCACGUUCACCAUAGCAGGCGACAGUUUCCAGCUAUGGGAUGGCACUGUGUCCAUCACGCUGACGCCUCAUGCCCUUGGCGUGAAGCAGCGAAUGAUGUAUUUCCAUUCGUUGUCAAGUGAUUGGCAAAUGGCCAUUCCCCUGGAUGUGGUCAACAAUGGCAGCAAUUGGAAGCUGAAUGAUGUAAGCGCGGCCUUGGAUCAAUUUAUUGUAUUGGGCAAGCGGGGCAGUCAGUGUGUGGCCGCUGCUAUGAGUGAAACAGGAAUGCUUCUUUGCGGUCUUGUCAGUCCAGCCAGCAUUUUAGCCUGGAACACUAGAACCCCCUACACACAUCAGAAUCUGGUGAUGCUCAUAGAGGAUGAGAGAAAUUUACAGUUUACAAGUGGUUUGAAGAUUGUGAGAAAUCAUGAGGGUAAAGAAGAAAUCUGGGCUUUGUCAAAUCGCUUGCAGAAGGCCUUCGGAUCUGGGGGAUUGGACUACAAGGAGAUUAACUUUCGCAUACAGAAAUGUGGAGUACAAGAACUGCUUAAUGGCAGGCCAUGCUAUUGAUAAUUAUCAAUAAAUAAAACUUUGCAUAGAUUAA